AUGACAGCAGCCCCGAUGGCCCGGGUGAGGCUGGAGAAUGGGGGUUUACCAGAGGCUACCAUCCCCACCACAGAUGACAAAGCAGAAGUGCAAAGUCAGCACCCCUAUUUCAGCCAGACCCAAGCGAUGGCCCUGACCGUGGAGCCUGUGGAGGCAGGACUUCAGGCUGCCCCACAUCUCCAAGCUCCGGCCCACUGCUCCCUCCUGCACUCAGGUGGGGCCGCCGAGGUGUGUGUGCCCGGGGACCCCACGGUCAGCAGCAGGACCACGGACAGCUCCUGCGCCAAUUUAGUCCUGGCCCUGAUCCUCGCCUGGGAAAGGGAGUGCCGGUCUCCUCUCCAAGCCCACCUCCUCUAA